UGGAUUUGUCACCAGCAUUAUGUGACAUACUGUUUGAGUAGCUUGAUUAUCUUAAUGCAAAACGUGUUUGUUUUCAAUUAAUUCCAUUUUAUAUCUCGAUUUUUUUUUAUUAAUUAUUUACUUUAAAAGAGACAUAUUCAGUUACUUUGAAUCCAUAAAUUAUAAAAGCCAUGGGAUCCUCGAAGAAACAUAAAAAGGAAUCCAAAAAGAAGAAACAUCGUAGUAGAUCUCGGUCACCGCUGGGCGGUGAGGAACGCGAACGAAAAAGGCAUAAGAAACAUAAAGACCGGAAAAAAGAUCGCUCCCCUGACGUGGAAGAAGUGCCGGUGGACUCUCACCUGACUGCAGUGCAGACGGUUAAAUCGUUAAGUCACAGCCGCAGCCGCAGCACCAGUGUUGAGCGGCGUGCCUACAAGGAAACCAAUAGUCAUGGGGAUAAAAGUCACGACGUUGAGCGCGAACGUGUUCGAGAGCCGUCACCUGUGGCCGCGAGCAGUACAGCCCAGGAGAGCAUCUCCAUAGAGGAGACCAACAGACUCCGCGCCAAGCUCGGCCUCAAGCCGCUCGAGGUCACUGAGAAACCAGCUGAGGAUGGCAAGAUCAAAGAUGAUCUCGGCGAGUUCUACCACAAACCAGCCGCAAAUAUCUCACAGCAGAAGAAGUCGGAGAAGAUACGGGAGAAACUCGAGGAGCGGCGGGAGAAACGGAAGCUUGAACAAAAGCUACAGACUACAUUACUGGCAGACGAGUCCGACGAUGAGGAUGCAAUCGCCUGGGUCAAGAAGUCCAGGGACAUAGAAAAACAAAAGGCCGAAGCUGCUAAGAGGGCCGCGAUGCUGGACGAGAUGGACUCCGUGUUCGGCGUGUCGGCGCUUGUAGAGCAAGAGGAGCGAGAAGCCCGCGCCGACCGAUACAGUGCCGCCCACUUGCGCGGCCUGCGGGUAGCGCACGACGUCAAUGCGUUGGGCGAGGAGCGCGAGAUCGUGCUGACGCUGGCCGACAAGGAGGUGCUGGCGGAAGACGCCGAGGACGUGCUCGUCAACGUCAACAUCGUCGACGACGAGCGAUACAAGAAGAACAUAGAGGAACGCAAAAAGGCCAAAGCAGGCUACCAAGCGUACGAUGAUGAGGCCGACAUGGAGGCGGCCGCCCUCGGCUACCAGAAGCCGGUGCUCGCCAAGUAUGACGAAGAGAUUGACAAAGAAAAAGCGGAGAAACAGCGAGGGUUCUUCAUCGGUGAUGAGGACGGUAUCGAGGCGCAGCGCUUCAAGGAGAUGAUGCGGCGGUCGCGGUUGGCGGGCGGGCCGGACCGGCGGCUGGAGUCGUUGCAGCUACCCGAGCUGCAGCUCGCCUCCGACUAUAUGGACGAGCACGAGAUACAGGCCAAGUUCAAGAAACCCAAAAAGAGGGGUAAGAUGCGAAAGAAGGCCAAACAGGAGCCAAUCGACGUGGACGACUACGAGGCGGGCACUGUACCCCUUGACACCGAUGACACAGAAGUUAAGCCCGAGGAGCUGGCGACGGGGAUAAAGGUGGAGGACGAAGACGAGACGGAGCCCGACAGCGAGCUGCAGGCUGCACUCGCCCGCGCGCGCCGCCUGCGGCUCAUGCAGCCCUCCACCACGCCCAAGGUGGAGGAGAUAUUGGAGCGCGUGAAAAAAGAGGAGCCUGAGGAGGAGGACGAGGACAGUAUGGGGGGCAGCGGAAGCGCGAUGGUGCUGGACGCGACGGCGGAGUUCUGCCGCACGCUGGGCGACAUCCCCACCUACGGGCUCGCCGGCAACAGGGACCACCACGCUGAGAUCAUGGACUUCGAGCGUGAUGAUAUCGAGCCGGAGCCGGAGGCGACUUCAAACGCGGGCGCCUGGAGUCGCGUCGACGUCGGCAGCGAAAAGCCACCAGAUCUCGCUGCAGGGUCGGGCGUAGGGCUGGAAGCGGAGCCUGCGCUGGGUGCAGGUGUGGCGGGUGCACUGCAGCUGGCGCUCAGCAAGGGCUACCUGGAGCGCGCCGGCGCCGCGCCCGCGCCGCGCUCGCACCUCGCGCACCUGCUGGCCGCGCGCCACUACUCCAUCGAGGACAAGGCGCUCGGUGGCGAGGAUGACAAAUACGGACGGCGGGAGCGCGGCGGCCACUCGGGCCCGCUGCAGGAGUUCCGCGAGAAGUCCAACUUCCGACCGAACAUCAAGCUGGAGUACGUGGACGACGACGGCCGCCCGCUGUGCCCCAAGGAGGCGUUCCGCUAUCUCUCGCACAAGUUCCACGGCAAGGGGCCUGGCAAGAACAAGCAGGAGAAGCGCAUCAAGAAGGCCGUGCAAGAGGGGCUAAUGAAAAAGAUGAGUUCUACGGACACGCCGCUGGGCACGCUGCAGAUGCUGCAGGAGAAGCAACGCGAGACGCACUCCCCGUACAUUGUGCUCAGCGGCGCCAAGCGCGACGCAGCCAACUAAAUAUAAUAGUCCACAGCGAGCAAACUACACAAACUAAACAACUAUUAAUUGGCAAUUGAAUUAUUAUUAAAUUAAAGUAAUAUUUUGUAAUAGAGGAAAGAUUGUUUGUAAUGGCUAAAUUAAAAAAUACUUUUCGAUUUUAAACAUUAUUUCAUCUAUAGAAAACUACAUUACCAGCUAGUAAUAUAGGUCGUAUAUGGUCGCUGUAACAAUAACUUUUUUUUUAAUAGGUGAUAAUGGAAUGGUUACCCCACCCGCGCUAUCGGUAUACACCGGCGGGGUACCAGUGAAGGAUGAUAGGUGAGGAUGAAGCAGGUCAGUUAGCCCAUCUUGACGAAUUCAACAAGAAUUGUCCACGAUGGUUUCCAGUGGGGACCACGUGAAGGUCGAUCUAACAGGGCACAUUGCUAGCAAUGGGGCUGUUAAACUGCAUUGCCAACAAUUCCCUUCUCCUUGUAACAAUUAUUGUACAUGACACGAACAACUAAUAACCACGUAAAUCCAUAGUAAACGGAUUUAAUAAUAAAUAUUAAAGUUAUUAAUUGGUACAGAUACAUUGUUAUGUAAUACUUUGACUACUUUGUAAUUGGAGCCCUUGAUUGAUUUUUUGUUAAAUAUUUUUGACUAUCACAAAUUAUUUUUGAUUAGAACGACUAAACGUUUAAAAUUAGACCGUUAAACUUCCUUUAAGUGUAUAAAAGUGACAGUCGGCCAUAGUGGCCGCUACUCACUUUACUUGUUUGACGAUAUAUUUAAAAUGAAGGAAUGUCAGAUAUGAUAAAUAUAAAUGAAUUAAUUUACGUAUACGAAACAUUAUCAUCCCAUGGCAGUUAUCAUAUGUGGACGUCUUAGGUCUGACUUCCAUUAUUAUAAUUUUUUUAAUGAAUAACAAGCUCGCUUUGGACUCACCGUUAGGAUCGUAUCUGUUUAGAUAACCUUUGGAAUAUUUGUAUAUUUUCGAGUAGUUCGGAUUACUAUGAAAUAAACUGAUGUCCAAAUUA